AUGGCGUACUACGGAGUUGGGACAAACCUGGUCAGUUACCUGACCAAGGUGCAGAAGCAAAGCAACGUCACUGCGGCGAGCAAUAUCGCUUCGUGGCAGGGCACCUGCUACCUCACUCCCCUUCUUGGAACAUUCUUGGCAGAUUCAUAUUGGGGACGACACCGAACAAUCGUGAUUUUCCUAACGAUCUUUACCAUUGGCAUGAUUUUACUGACACUUUCAGCAGUGGUUCCAACAAGCAUACACACAUUGGUGAUGCCUCCUCAGGAUGCCUUGCCUUCUCUGGGCCUAUUUCUGACUGCUCUCGGCUUAGGUGGCAUCUGGCCAUGUGUUCCAACAUUUGGCGCUGAUCAAUUUGACGACACCGAUGGAGCAGAGAAGGCGCAGAAGGAGCUCUACUACAACUGGUACUACUUCGCUGUCAAUGGCGGUUUCUUCCUUGCGAGUACACUCCUCGUGUGGGUACAUGGCUCCUGA